CCGACAACAGCCGUUAGUUUGAAUGUGCAGCGCGGUUGGACACCGGCUGUUUUGCUCUUACCAGGAGAAAGAAUCUGAGAAUGGCUUCUCUAAAUGAGGACAGAGCGUUUAAAACCCCGAUUCGAGGCCAGGUGAGGAGUUCUGGGAGCAGCGGAGGUGGGACUCCGAUCACCAUCCCUGCUUCACCUUUCAUGAAGAAGCUGGGUUGUGGGACUGGAGUCAGUGUUUACCUCAUGGACAGAGUGGGAAAGCUAAACUCCUCUCCAUGGGCUGUGAAGAAGAUCAACAGCAAAUGUGCCUCCAAACAGGUUGAAGUUUACCAGAUGCGUCUGAAUGAGGAAGCCGAACUCCUGAAGGGAAUAAACCAUCCAAACAUUGUUGGUUUCCGCGCCUUCACCACGGCAAAAGACGGCUCAAAGUGUCUGGCUAUGGAGUAUGGAGGUGAGCAGUCCCUCAAUGACCUGAUCGAGAAGCGGAGGGAGAACGGACUGAAAGCUUUUCCUGCUGCCAACAUUGAGAAGGUGGCUCUGCAUGUGGCACGUGGCCUGCAGUACCUUCACAAUGAGAAGAAGCUUCUGCAUGGCGACAUGAAGUCAUGUAACAUUGUUAUCAAAGGGGAUUUUGAAACGAUCAAAAUCUGCGAUGUUGGCGUUUCUCUGCACCUCGAUGAGAACAUGAAAGUGUCCGACCCAGAAGCAGAGUACGUCGGCACAGAGCCGUGGAACCCGAAGGAAGUUCUGGAGGAGGGAGGAGAAAUCACGGACAAGGCCGACAUCUUCGCCUUCGGUCUGACUCUGUGGGAGAUGAUGACUCUGUACAUGCCGCACCUGCAGAUGCUGGACGACGAGGAAAACGAGGACGAUUCCAUAGAAAUUAGCUUUGAUGAGGACACUUACUAUGAGCAUUUGGGGACGCGGCCGCCGCUGGAUGCGGCUUUGCUGGGCGGCUCGUACCGCAGGAUGGUGGAGCUCUUCUCUCUUUGCACUGAGGAAAACCCCAAGAAGAGACCUUCAGCAGCGCAGAUCGUCCAGGUCUUAGAGGAAAAUGCUGCCCUGGACCGAGCACCAGGUGAAGUGAUCGUUAUUGACUGAUGGUGGCCAACCCCAAUGUAAUAUUUUUCUCUUUAUAUGUAUGUUUUCCAGCUGAUUUUUAUAUUGUCACCGUGUACUUCAAUCUUUAACUCAGUAUUUGUCACAAUAAACUUUGUAAAAAUG